AUGGAUCUCGCGGACAACACAGCCAGUUCGCCCACGUCACUCCUUGACCACCCCCAAGCAAUGGAAUACCUGUUCAGUAAGGUAACGGACAUUUCUCAGUCACUCCAAGCCAUCCAAGCACAACUCUCACCACUGUCUCAGCCACAAACAAGCCCAUCACCGCUGCACCACGCUUCCGGUUUAAACCGGUCAUCGCCUUUCACAUGCGAGCCCUACGUUCCCGCACCGGCACCGUACGACGGCAAUCUCGGCGCUUGCCGUGCAUUUUUAGUGCAAUGCAGCCUCGUAUUCGAGCAACAGCCAACUACUUAUAGGGAAGACAGGACUAAAAUAGCGUACCUCAUCGGCUGUCUUCGGGGGGCGGCUCUCGAAUGGGCGUCCUCGGUAUGGGAAAACGGCUCACCAGUCUGUUACACGUACUCCCUAUUCACCGGAGAAAUGCGUAAAAUAUUUGACCACCCGGUCCGUGGCAAAGAGGCCGCCAAGCGGCUCAUGUCGGCUCGCCAAGGGACUCGGAGUGUCGCCGAGUUCUCGGUGGAGUUCAGGACGUUGGCAGCUGAGAGCCACUUUAACGAUGAAGCGCUGCAGGAAGUGUUCACCCGUGCCUUGAAUGACACUCUUAAAGACGAGUUGGCCACCCGGGAUGAACCAGAUUCUUUGGAUGGUCUCAUAAAUAUCGCGAUCAAAAUCGAUAAUCGUCUGCGUGAACGCCAGAGACAGCACCGCGAACGGCUGGUCGGCCUGCCUCCUUGCUCCACUGUCUUCCGGCGGCCAGCCCCGCUGCCUGCCCUGGCUUCAAACGUUGAAACCGCGAUAGUGCCCCCUGCUGUGGCCGCCGAACAAACGCAGUUGAAGCACACCAGGCUGUCCCAAGAGGAGCGCACACGCAGACUGCAGCUCACAGCUACCCUCUCUUCGAGGAGCCUGUCACGCACUGUUACAGCCCUAGUUGAUUGCGGUUCUGAUGAGAACUUUAUUGACCACGAGCUCGUGACCCGACUAGGACUGGCAACGCACACGCUCCCCGUGCCAUUGAGGACCACCGCACUUGAUGGCCAGCUCCUUUUUAGCGUGGACCGGCAAACCGAGCCAGUUAACCUCCUCCUGUCAGGCAACCACCAAGAGGUGAGCACUUUUCUGGUUUUUGUAAGCCCCCGCACCCCAUUGGUCCUUGGGUUGCCAUGGCUCAGAAAACAUAACCCCUCCAUAGACUGGACCCACCUCAAGCUGACGGCAUGGAGCCCAUCCUGCCACACUAACUGUCUUAAAUCUGCUCUAGUGCCAGUCUGUCCUGCCCAGGGCCCGGAAAAGCUGGACCUAUCAGCGGUCCCAAAGUGCUAUCACGACCUUGGACAGGUCUUCAGUAAAGAUCAUGCCGUUUCACUUCCUCCUCACCGCCCUUACGAUUGUGCCAUUGACCUCCUUCCAGGUGCUGCGCUUCCCAAGGGUCGUUUAUUCAACAUCUCGCCGCCUGAGAGGGAGGCGAUGGAAAAAUACAUCUCCGAAUCCCUUGCCACCGGCAUUAUCCGUCCAUCUUCCUCCCCAGUCGGCGCUGGGUUCUUCUUUGUAGGCAAAAAAGAUGGUGGCCGGAGACCCUGCAUUGACUUCAGAGCUUUAAAUGACAUCACCAUCAAAAACAAAUACCCUCUUCCACUCAUAGACUCAACUUUCACCCCCCUCCAUAGUGCCACAGUUUUCACCAAGCUAGACCUACGUACCGCCUAUCACCUGGUCCGUAUCCGCGAGGGCGAUGAGUGGAAGACCGCGUUCAAUACACCGCUUGGUCAUUUUGAGUAUCUGGUCAUGCCGUUCGGGCUCACCAACGCCCCUGCAGUUUUUCAGAACCUUGUCAAUGAUGUCCUAGGGGACAUGAUUGACAGGUUCGUGGUAGUGUAUCUGGAUGAUAUUCUGGUGUUCUCUCGUACCCCGUCCGAGCAUGAGUCCCACGUCCGUCAAGUUCUACAGCGACUACUUGAGAACAAGCUGUUUGUUAAAGCUGAAAAAUGUCAAUUCCACGUUUCUGAGACUACCUUUUUGGGUUACAUUGUGGGCAAGGGUGAGCUACGUAUGGAUCCAGCCAAGGUGACGGCAGUACUAGAGUGGCCUCGCCCCACCGACAGAAAGCAGCUCCAACGUUUUCUCGGUUUCGCCAAUUACUACCGCCGGUUUAUCAGAAACUACAGCCGUAUUGCUGCCCCUCUUACUGCCCUCGCCUCCACAGCCAUACCAUUCCGCUGGUCUGACACUGCAGACUUGACCUUCAACGACCUAAAAAAACGUUUUACCACGGCGCCUGUGCUCGUCCAUGCCGACCCGUCGCUCCAAUUCAUCGUGGAGGUCGAUGCCUCAGAGUUAGGGGUGGGAGCGGUGUUAUCGCAACGUCGACCCGCUGACGGCAAGGUACAUCCGUGCGCCUUUUUCUCCCGCAGGUUGUCACCCGCUGAGCGCAACUACAGCAUCGGGGACAGGGAACUGCUGGCAGUUAAACUGGCCCUGGAGGAAUGGCGCCACCAUCUUGAGGGAGCACAACAGCCCUUCACUGUGCUAACAGACCACAAGAACCUCGAAUACAUCAAGUCCGCCCGAACACUAAAUCCCCGACAAGCCAGGUGGGCCAUGUUUUUCUGCUGUUUUAAUUUUGCCUUGUCGUACAUCCCAGGUUCGAAGAACAAGAAACCUGACGCCCUGUCCCGCCAGUUCCAAGUCGAAGAGCCCCAGGAGGAACCCACGCCAAUUCUUCCAGCGACGUGCUUUCUUGCCUCCAUCGAAUGGGAAAUUGAGGGCAAAGUGAAGGAAGCCCACCGUGAGCAUCCGGACCCUCGGGGGGGUCCUCAUACCGACCUUUUUGUCCCAGAGUCACUCCGUUCUCAGGUACUUGAGUGGGCUCACUCUUCCCGCCUGUCCUGCCACCCAGGCAUCAGAAGAACACUGGCAGUGCUUCGUCAACGGUUCUGGUGGCCAUCCCUACAGGAGGACACGAGAUCCUUUGUUCUGGCCUGCACAGUCUGCGCUCGCAGUAAGACCUCCACAAAGCCCAGCUCUGGACUGCUCCGCCCAUUACCCAUCCCAAGCCGGCCUUGGUCACACAUUGCCCUGGAUUUUGUUACUGGCCUCCCGCCGUCCAAAGGCAACACCGUUAUCCUCACCAUUGUCGACAGGUUCUCCAAGGCGGCCCAUUUCAUACCUCUGCGCAAACUCCCUUCGGCUAAGGAAACCGCCGACUUGGUGACCCAACAUGUGUUCCGUCUGCAUGGCAUUCCCGUCGACAUAGUCUCCGACAGAGGACCGCAGUUCACGUCACAGGUCUGGAGGGCGUUUUGCGCGGCUUUGGGUGUCGGGGUGAGUCUGUCCUCUGGUUACCAUCCGCAGACUAACGGUCAGUGUGAGCGCACCAAUCAACAGCUGGAAGCCGCACUGCGCUGUACUACACAGUCCCGUCCCGACACCUGGAGCGACCAGCUGCCGUGGAUUGAAUAUGCACACAACACCUUGCCAAAUGCCUCCUCUGGUAUGUCCCCGUUCCUUUGCUCCCUGGGUUACCAGCCCCCAUUGUUCCCCUCUCAGGAGAGUGAGAUCGCGGUACCAUCAGUCCAACGGAACAUCCGCCGUUGUUUAAAGGUCUGGAAGCAGGCACGCUCGGCCCUCCUCCGUGCUUCUGACAAGUCCCGGACCCAGGCAGACCGCCACCGUUCACCUGCCCCUGCCUACGCCGUGGGCCAGAAAGUGUGGCUCUCCUCAAAGACCUUGCCACUGCGGACUGAGUCCAGGAAGCUUUCCCCCCGGUUUGUGGGUCCCUACGUCAUUGAGAAGGUGGUAAAUCCUAACGCCGUACGCCUCAAGCUCCCUGCCCAUUUUCGAGUCCACCCUACCUUUCACGUCUCCCAAGUCAAGCCGGUUUCCUCGAGUCCCUUGUCCCCCCUUGUUCCGCCCCCUCCUCCGCCCUUGUCUGUCGCUGGGGGCCCUGCGUUCCAGGUGCAGCGCCUUUUGGACGUCCGCCGCCGUGGCAGGGGGCUGCAGUACCUUGUUGACUGGGAGGGCUAUGGCCCGGAGGAGCGGUCCUGGAUCCCUGCCCGGUGGGUGCUGUCGCGGGCGCUCAUCCGGGACUUCCACCGCGCCCAUCCUGGGCGUCUCCGUCGGGCGCCUGGUGUCGCCCCUGGUUGCCCAGAACAGCUGCCUCGUCGGGAGGAGGAGGGGAAAGAGUUCUCCGGUGGUUACUUACCGGUCUCCUCCCGAGACGGACGGAGAUGGAGCGGCUGUGCGGACCGGAGCUCCCCUUCUGGGAUUGUCGCCAAUCAAACGCUCCACUCAGAUCAGCCCGACCUCCCGGUCUGUUUCCAGCUCACUGUCCUGUCAUGGCUGCCGUGCAUUUACCUGUGGGCUGUCUCCCCUAUUUAUUUUUUCUACCUAAAGAAGAACAACAGAGGCUACAUCAUGAUGUCCAUCAUGAACCGAUUCAAAACGGUCUUUGGCAUGCUGUUAUGGCUGGUUUGUUGGACUGAUCUCUUUUACACAUUGCAUGAAAGGCAGCAGGGGCUCAGUCAGCCUCCUAUUUUCUUCAUCACCCCGCUAGUACUCGGCAUGACCAUGCUGCUGGCCACAUUUUUGAUCCAGUUUGAGCGCCUACGUGGGGUUCAGUCCUCAGGGGUUCUUUUCAUAUUCUGGUUCCUGUCUGUGCUGUGUGCCAUUGUGCCUUUCCGAUCCAAGAUCCUGCAGGCAUCCAGCCAGGUUGAAGUUACAGACAAGCUGCGCUUCACUACGUUCUACUUCUACUUUGGCUUAGUGGUCUUGGAGCUAAUCCUGUGCUGCUUCAAUGAGAAGCCUCCUCUCUUCUCCAACGUUGUUACAGACCCUAAUGUCUGCCCUGAAUCCAUGGCUGGUUUUCUAUCAACCAUGACGUUCUGGUGGUUCACAAGUAUGGCCAUCAAAGGAUACAAAAUGCCUCUUGAGGCCAAGGACCUCUGGUCUCUGAAUCCACGCGACAGCUCCAAGGCAAUGGUGCCCAAACUUCUCAAAGAGUGGGAGAAGGAGCAAGCCAAAGCAAAGAGCAAUAACUUCAACCAGACGCUUCCUAAUCUAUCCAAUGACGUCGCCUACUCCAAGCCUCCACCAUCUACUACCAACCACAUAGGAAGUGAAAGUGAAACCAGCCCAGAAGAAGUUGAAGUCCUGCUGUCAAGUCAAAAAGUCAUACCCCGCCAGCCGUCGUUUUUACGUUCACUCAUCAGAGCCUUCGGACCCUACUUCCUGAUUGGUUCCGCUUACAAGCUUCUGCAGGAUGUCAUCACAUUUGUUAAUCCUCAGCUACUCAGAAUGUUGAUCUCCUUCACAAAGCAAAAAGGUGUUCCUGACUGGUGGGGAUACGCGCUAGCCUUCCUCAUGUUCUUCACAGCUUUUUUGCAAACUCUCAUCCUGCACCAGCACUUUCAGUAUUGCUUUGUUACCGGCAUGCACAUACGCACAGCGCUUAUUGGCGCUAUCUACAGGAAGUCGUUGGUAAUCACCAAUGCUGCCAAACGCUCGUCCACAGUGGGAGAGGUGGUGAACCUGAUGUCCGUGGAUGCUCAGAGGUUCAUGGACCUCACCACUUUCCUCAACAUGCUGUGGUCUGCUCCUCUUCAGAUUAUGCUCGCGCUAUAUUUCCUCUGGCAGAAUCUUGGCCCCUCGGUUCUCGCUGGAGUUGCUGUCAUGAUCCUGCUAAUCCCGUUUAAUGCUGUUAUAGCCAUGAAAAGUCGUGCCUACCAGGUGGAACAGAUGCAGCACAAAGACAGUCGUAUUAAACUCAUGAAUGAGAUUCUUAAUGGCAUUAAAGUACUGAAGUUAUACGCCUGGGAGAACUCCUUCAAGGAGAAGGUGCUGGCCAUUCGGCAGAAGGAACUCAAUGUGCUGAAGAAGGCGGCGUACUUGGGAGCGUUGUCCACCAUGGCUUGGACCAGUGCCCCUUUUUUGGUUGCAUUGACGACUUUUGCUGUGUAUGUGACGGUGGAUGAGAACAACAUCCUGGAUGCGGAGAAGGCUUUUGUGUCUCUUUCACUUUUUAACAUACUUCGUUUCCCUCUCAACAUGCUUCCCCAAGUCAUCAGCAGCCUUGUACAGACAAGUGUCUCAUUGAAGAGAAUCCAAAGUUUUUUGAGUCAUGAUGAGUUGGAUCCGAAUUCGGUGGACAGAAAGAACACAGCGUCAGAUUUUUCAGUGACAGUUGUCAACGGAAAAUUCACUUGGGCUAAAGAAGAUCCACCUGUUCUGCACAACAUUAACGUGUUGGUGCCCCAGGGCUCCCUGCUGGCAAUAGUGGGCCACGUUGGCUGUGGAAAGUCCUCACUAAUUUCUUCCCUGCUGGGCGAAAUGGAGAAACUUGAAGGAGACGUUUCUAUACGGGGAUCGGUGGCCUACGUUCCCCAGCAAGCCUGGAUACAGAAUGCCACUCUGCGUGAUAACAUCCUGUUUGGGAAAACGUACAAUGAACAAAAGUACCACUGCGUUCUGGAGGCCUGCGCUUUAACCCCUGACCUCCAAGUUUUGCCUGGAGGAGACAUGACGGAAAUAGGAGAAAAGGGCAUCAACCUCUCAGGAGGCCAGAGACAGAGGGUCAGCCUCGCCCGAGCUCUUUACAGCGAUGCUGAUGUCUACCUAUUGGAUGACCCGCUGUCCGCUGUUGACGCACAUGUGUCCAAACACAUAUUUGACAAUCUAAUAGGUCCGGAAGGGGCUCUGAAGGGCAAGACGCGUAUUCUGGUGACACAUGGCAUCAGUUACCUGCCCCAGGUGGAUAAUAUAGUGGUGAUGGUGGACGGAAGGGUGUCAGAGAUGGGCUCUUAUCAGGAGCUGCUCAAGCAAAACGGAGCGUUUGCCGAGUUUCUCAGGAACUACGCCUUGGAGGACAUUGUAGAAGAGGAUGAAGCUACAGAGGAAAUCAUUGAUGAUGAUGAAGAAUUGUUCCCUGAAGAUACCCUGAGCAACCAUAUCGACAUGGUGGACAGUGAACCAGGGAUUAAUGAAGCAAAGAGAAAAUUCAUAAGGCAAAUCAGCAUCAUUUCAGCAGAUGGCGAAACCCCUAAAUCCCGAUCGGUGAGGAGGCAUGCUUGCAGUCAGAGGAAACAUCCAGAACCACAAGAAAAGAAGCAGCUAGAUGGGAUGGAGAAGCUCAUCCAGGCAGAGACCGCAGAAACUGGCAGGGUUAAACUGAAGGUGUACCUAGAGUACGCUAAGGCAGUGGGACUGCUGCUAUCUGUGCUGAUCUGCGUUCUGUACGGCUGCCAGAGCGCAGCGGCAAUCGGAGCAAACAUUUGGCUCAGUGAGUGGACCAAUGACGCCUUGCAAAAUCAAACUGAGGACAAUGUUAAUAUGAGGGUGGGUGUGUAUGCAGCGCUAGGCAUUACACAAGGUGUGCUGUUGUUGGCUAACAGCCUGUUGUCCCAGGCUUACAGUAUGAUAUGGGCAGCCAAGCUCUUGCACCGCAAAAUGCUCCAGGGGGUCCUGCGAGCGCCGCAGGCCUUCUUUGAGAGCACCCCCAUUGGGCGGUUAAUCAACCGCUUCAGCAAAGACGUGGAUUCCAUAGACUCCCAGAUCCCACAUCAAAUUGACAUAUGGAUGCGCACUUUCUGGUACACAGUGAAUGUGCUGCUCAUAUGCUCUGCCCUCACCCCCAUGUUCCUCAUAGUCAUAGCCCCGUUAAUGGUGUUCUAUUGGUGGGUUCAGAGAUUUUAUGUCGCCACGUCUCGGCAAUUGAAGCGUCUGGAGUCCGUCAGCCGCUCGCCCAUUUAUUCCCAUUUCUCCGAAACGAUCACGGGCUCGAGUGUUAUCCGAGCCUUUGGCAGACACUCUGCCUUCGUUUUCAUGAGUGAUAUAAAAGUGGAUGAGAACCAAAAGAGUUAUUACCCCGGUAUAGUGUCCAACAGAUGGCUGGGCGUGCGCAUAGAAUUCAUCGGGAACUGCAUCGUCCUCUUUGCUGCUCUCUUUGCUGUCACAGGAAAGAAUGACCUUAACCCUGGCCUCGUGGGUCUGUCAGUGUCAUAUGCUUUGCAGGUGACCAUGUCUCUCAACUGGAUGGUGAGGAUGACUUCUGAUCUGGAGAACAACAUUGUAGCUGUGGAGCGAGUAAAAGAGUACUCUGAAACCAAGACUGAGGCACCCUGGGAAAUCGAGGACAAGAAGCCCCAUCUCGAUUGGCCCAUGCAGGGCAACGUGGAGUUCCGCAACUACAGUGUCAGAUACAGAGAAGGACUCGAUCUGGUUCUGAAAAACUUGACGCUGAGUGUCAAAGGAGGCGAGAAAGUUGGCAUUGUCGGUCGAACGGGAGCGGGCAAGUCAUCCAUGACUCUCUCCCUCUUCCGUUUGCUGGAAGCCGCUGAAGGGGAAAUCUCCAUCGAUGAUGUCAAGAUAUCGGAAAUAGGCCUACACGACCUGAGGUCCAAACUUACAAUCAUACCACAGGAGCCUGUCCUAUUCUCUGGAACACUAAGGAUGAACCUCGAUCCCUUUGAGAGUUACAGCGAUGAAGAGGUUUGGAAAGCUCUGGAACAUUCCCAUUUGCACAAGUUUGUGAGCAAUCAACCGGCAAAGCUGGAGAUGGAAUGCUCAGAAGGAGGAGAGAACCUUAGUGUAGGCCAAAGGCAGCUGGUUUGUUUGGCUCGGGCACUUCUGAGAAAGACAAGAAUCCUCAUCCUGGAUGAAGCUACUGCUGCUAUUGACUUGGAGACAGAUGAUCUCAUCCAGUCUACGAUUAGGACUCAGUUCGAAGACUGCACCGUCUUUACCAUUGCACACAGACUCAACACAAUCAUGGAUUAUACAAGAGUGCUGGUGUUGGACAAGGGACAGAUCGCAGAGUUUGACACUCCUGCAAAUCUCAUUUCACAACGUGGAAUCUUCUACGGCAUGGUGAAAGAUGCUGGACUGGCGCCGUAA